CUGCGAUCCGUGACGCUACCAACAUUGGAGAAAUACUUGCGAGUUUUGGUUGUUCUUGCCUCGGCAUACAAAGGUCAUCUGACGGUAGCUUCGUUACCGAAUAAACACCGAGAUGAUUAGGAAGAUUCUUAAAACAUUUGCCAAGUUGAAUUUUGGUUACACGUACUAUCCCGUACUUCAUGGUCCAAACACUGUUUCAGAUGUAAAACCAUUCGUGCUCAUGGUGAAGCGGAGGCUGAGGCCGAUAUCUCAGCAGCUGUUUGCCAAAAAGGAAUUUAUAACUAUUGCAGGACUAGAGAGUUAUAUAAAGGAGGAAAAAAGGACAAAUUUUUUGGAACUUAUUCACUCAAGAAAACGACUACAAAAUAACUUAGAGAUAAUUAGUGAAAAAGUCGAGAAUAAGGAUGAAGUGGAUUGCAAGAGAACUUUAAAAGAUCGUCUGUUAGCUCUGGAAAGCUGGAUAGACAUUGGAUUCAUAACAGCCAUGGUGGAGGGUAAUGUCAAGAUUCACUAUGAUAUGGGAGAACUGGAGCUGGGGAAAUUAGACCAAGAAUAUUUCAAAGAUCCAGAUCUGGACUAUAUACUGCAGGAAACUGAGCUUGACAAAAGAAAGAUGGCUCGUCUGGAGGAUGAGGAAUUACAUCUUAUUUACAGCGUGAUUUACAGCGAAAAAUUUCAUCUGGGAGGCAAAAUAAGUCAAGAGAUUUCAGGCUACGGUGGAGUCGCCAUACCUGGUCCUUCCUCCAAACUAGAAUCAAAACUUAAGGGUUACGUAAACAUUGGGAACAGUCCUCCCAAAAUUGUAUCGAGAAACACACGAGGUCCGCUUUAUUUCAAGCCCAUUCGCGUCAAAUAUGAUAAGAAACGGGCGAGAUUACAGCUUCUUAAAGGCAAAUUUGCCGGCAAUCAAGUGCUUUAUUUCAAACGGCCCUCUCUCGUGUCCAGAGAAUUGAAACUUCCGGCGAUCACUUUGUUAUUUAUCUAUUUAUCUACUUAUUUGUUUAUCUUAUUUUUACACGGUUGAAAUU